AGGCGAGGGUGGCAGUAGCGCUCCGCUGUCUGGGCGGGGAGAGGAAUCUGCACCCGGUGAAGCGAGGUCUGCUCCGUCUGCGGCUAGAGCUGGCGAGCUGCGGCGAGGGGGACGUGGGGACGACGAGCUGAGCAGCAAAUACAGAGAAGAAAAACCUCCAUACCAAGGAAGGGACGCAGUUAGCACCAAGGCUUUUGGCGUAAAUCGCAGUAGUUUGUUUGUGUGUUUGUGCGGUGCGGUGCGGUUUUUUUGUUUUUUAUUUCAGAGCUUUAACUUCUACCUCUGGAGGAGUUCGGUUCUUCUUCAAUCGUCGCUCGUGAACGGAAUGAAUGACCAAGACAAAGGUUGACACCAGGCCCCCCUCUCAUUUCGUCUCGCCCAAGGAGAAGCGGCCCGGGAGCAGCAUGGAAAACGGCAGCCAGAGCGGCGACAGCGUGCAUGCACAGGCUCGGCAACCGGACCAGCGCGAGCAGCCGGCGCGGGCGGUAGGGAAGAAGAAAACGCACCGCGCGCCGUCGCCCGCACGACCGAAAGACGCGCCCGGAUGGUGCCUCGCGAAGAUCCGGGGAUGUAUCGGGACACCGACGCUGAGCGUGAAACCGGGGGCCAUACAUUUGGGUGGCCGGGUGUCCAGGCGUAGUCCAGUCGCCGGUAGAGAGUCCAAAGGGGAGAAGGGGAAACCGGCCGGAAAACCCACGAUUUCGCCAGGCGGUGGACAGAAGAGCAGCGCAAAGUCCAACAAAACCGGCCGGAGGAAGGCGUCAGAUGCCAGCAUCGCAUCCGAUGAUCUGAGCAAAGACUCGGGUUGCGCUCCGGGAAAGCUCUCUCCAACCGAUAGCAGCUCGGAGCUCUCCGACUGCGCCUCGGAGGGAAAUAAACUUUCCACGGACGCCCUGAGCAGCGACACCGAAACCAGCAGUCGUGGCGGAGCGGAGGGGGAGAGGCCGAGCACGGAGCACGGGCUAGCACACCGAAGUGCCCGGGGUGACCAGCAAGCCACAAGCAGCGCGGAUCGUCUCUCCUUGGGAAUGUACACCGGGGAAGGAAGCGUUUCGCCCGGCGACGAGCGUUCUCUCGCUUCGCUGGAGAGCCGGGUGCCUGCGAGCACCUCCUUGGCGUUCUCCGACCUGACGGAGGAGUUAACCGAUGGCAUACAUGAGGAAUAUCUCAGGGAAAUCGAAGAACUGAGGUCGGAAAACGACUACUUAAAGGAUGAAGUGGAGGAGCUGCGCUCCGAGAUGUUGGAGAUGAGGGACGUGUACAUGGAAGAAGACGUGUACCAACUGCAGGAGCUCAGACAGCAGCUGGACCAGGUCAACAAGACCUGCCGCAUCCUACAGUACCGGCUCCGCAAGGCCGAGAGGCGGAGCCUGCGCGUAGCCCAAACGGGCCACGUGGACGGGGAGCUGAUCCGCACUCUGGAGCAGGACGUGAAGGUGGCCAAGGACGUGUCCAUCCGCCUGCACGGGGAGCUGGAGGCCAUGGAAAAGAAGAGGAGCUGCCUGGAGCAGGAGAACGAGGAGCUGCAGGUGAAGCUGCAGGACCUGGAGGUGGCCAAGCAAGUCCUGCAGGCCGAGCUAGACAAGAGUCGGGAGAACUCUCUGAAGAAGAGGGGAGCGCGGCCAAACAACAAACCCGAGAAGAAAACAUCGCCUCAGCCUCCGGAGGACAGCUCAGACCUGAAGUGCCAGCUACACUUUGCCAAGGAGGAGUCAGCCCUCAUGUGCAAGAAGCUCACCAAGAUUGUGAAAGACAACGAGACCAUGAAGGAGGAGCUGGCCAAGUACCGCUCACUCUACGGCGACGUGGACUCCUCUCUGACCGUGGAGGAAGUGGCCGACUCGCCCCACACCCGCGAGGCCGAGGUCAGGGUGCACCUGAAACUGGUGGAGGAAGAAGCCAACCUGCUGAGCCGCCGAAUCGUGGAGCUGGAGGUGGAGAACCGCGGCCUCCGCGCCGAAAUGGACGACAUGAAGAUCCAGGAGACGCCGGCGGGUCUGGCAGCGGCAGGCGGCCCCGGGCAACUGCUGCUCUCGUCGUCGGCCGAGAACGCGAUGGAGCUGCAGCGCCACCUGCAGUUCGUGGAGGAAGAGGCGGAGCUGCUGAGGCGCUCGCUGCUGGAGAUGGAGGAGCAGAACAAGCUCCUGAUGAACGAGCUGAAUCGCUACAAGUCGGAGCUCCCGCCCGACGCGGAGAUCGAGUGCCUUUCGCCCUCCACCAUCCUCCCCCCCGCCGACGCUCCCGGCGCGUCGCCCUCCGAGGAAGGCGGGCCCGACCUGAGCGAGGCCUCCCAGGAGGAGCUGCUUGCCGCCAGGCUGCAGAUCGGCGAGCUGAGCGGCAAGGUGAAGAAGCUCCAGUACGAGAACCGCGUCCUGCUCUCCAACCUGCAGCGGUGCGACCUGGCCUCCGGCCACGCCGCCGGCCGGCCCGCCAUGGAGACGGACGCAGAGGCGGGCGACUCGGCCGAGUGUGUGCCCGGCCCGGAGCGCCGCGAGGGCCCCGUGGGCGGCGAAGGGGACCGGCCUCAGGAGGAGAAAGGCAGGAAGGUCGCAGGGAGCGACGGCGCCGUUCUCGGCGUCAAAGACCUUUUGGCCCUCCGCGAACAGGCGCGCCUCGUUACCUCGGCCAUCCGCCUCCUUGCGGCCGCCGACCCCGCCUGCCUCCUGGCCGCCUCCGCCGACUCCGUCUACCGCAGGAUCGCGUCCGGAGAGCCUGCCGACGCGGGGCUCCUGGAAAAGGGCCCGGGGCCCCUUGCAGAGGCUCUGCACACCAGGCUCCAGGCGCUCCACACCCAGCUGCAGGCACUCUGUCAGAGGCUGGAGGCCGUGGGGGAGCCCCCAGCGAGCGAGUCUGUGGAGGGGGCGUCACCUGGACCUUUGCCACAGGCCGACCCCUGCCCUGCAGAUACUCCGCUUAACAACAUCACAGCUCAAGAGAAGCAGCCAAACAAUAGGGAGCAGCCGGAGGUCAAGGGUCACGAAGCCUACCUGCGCAAUGCAGAGGAGGAGAGCAAGAGACACCCCGACAGCAACAAGGAGCAGGUGGCGCCGACGGCGGAGAGCAGCGCCACACCGCUGUCCGAGCAGGUCCGGGAGCUGCAGGCCCAGCUGUGCAAGGCGAGGAGAGAAACCGAGGAGGCGCAGGAGGAGAUGGCACUGGAGCGGCAAGCGCACCGCGAGCACACGCGCACCUGUUCCCAGAAACUCUCUCAGCUGCAGGACGAGCACCAGAAGGCACUGGUGCGGCGGGACUUCCAGUUGCAGAGCGUGAGCCUGCAGACACGGCUGCAGCAGAAGUUGUGGAGCCAGGAGAAGAACCUCCUGGUCCAGGAGUCCCAGCAGGUCAGGCAAGGUCUGCUGCUGGCCAGCCUCAAACUGCGCUGCCUCCUCACGCAGUGGAGGCUCGGGAAGAAGCUCGACGCCGAGGGCGAGGACAUCCUGGAGGUCAACAGCGUCAAGGACCUCCGCCUGCUCCUGGAGGAAGACGGCCGCUCCCCACGCCACGGAGACAACAAGGCGGCGGCCGCCGAGGAGCGGCCGUUCGCCUCCCCCGUCAAAGAGCACAGCCUCGCGGAGAAGCUCCUUCUCCAGCAGUCCGGCGGCUUUAGCGCCACCCUGUCGGACCUGAAGGCGGCGCUGCAGGAUCUGAGUGCCGAGCUGAGGGAGGAGCGGCAGAGCUCGCAAGAGCUGACGCAGCAGUUCGCCCGGGCCAAGGCCUCCUGGGAGGUGGAGCGCACCGAGCUCAAAAGCCUCAUUGCUCAGCUGGAGGGGAAGACUACGAAGACCCCUGUGGCAGGAGGCGACAAGGACCCUCCGGACCCGAAGGGGGCGCUGAAGAGGGAGCGCGAGGAGCACCAGCACUUGCUGGCGGACUCGUACGCCGCCGUGAUGGACCUGACCAAGCAGCUGCAGAUCAGCAAGAGGAACUGGGGACAGGAGAAGCUGGAGCUCCUGGAGCACUUCAAUCAGGAGAGGAGCCAAUGGGAGCAGAGGCUCCGCGACGGCCAGAGCAAGGGCGCACAGUCUUUCCAAGACCAAGAAAAGGAGGUUUGCACAGAAGCAACUACGAACGAAUCGGCUUUGCAGAGGACCAAGUCAGUUUCAUCUCUGUCCGAGUUUGAGGGUCUACUGGACACGCCACCUCUUCCUCCGGGUCAUGGAACGGCAGACAGGAAAUCUGGGAAGCACCAGUUUGGCGACCACACGGGCCUGCCGACCCGCACGGACCUGAGUGACCUUAACCAGAAGAACUGGAAGUAUCUGAGCAGCGAGUGGGCGUGUCUGGAGAAGGCGGAGCCCUUUAAGACCUGGGACUGCCCUGCCACCUCCACCCGUGGCAGCUUCCCGGAGCUGGAGCUCAGGGUGGAGCAAGUGCAGAGGAGUUACACCGCGCCGGACAAGACGGGCAUCCGGAUCUACUACAGCCCCCCGGCCGUGAGGAGGAUGGAGACGAGAACGGGCACGGAGCGGAGGCCCCCGGAGGAGGAGGAGGAGGAGGAGGAGGAGGAGGCGGCGAGACGGGCAGCAGCCGCCUCAGAUCCCGCCUCGCUGCCGCCCGCGGCGCCGGCCCCGUCCUCGUACGAGCAGUGGCUCGGCUCGCUGUCGCGGCAGCCCUGCGCCCUCCUGGGGGGCCGGGCGGGAGGCCCCGCGCCUUUCCACGGCCUGGAGAUCUCGGGCAACCUGAGCGACGACAUGAAGGAGAUGACCAACUGCGUGCGUCAAGCCAUCCGCUCCAGCUCCCUGGAGAGGAAAUGCAGCAAAGAUGCAGGCAGCCAGACGGCGGGCGUGGCCAGCGCGGGGACGCAGACGGCGCAGUUCGUCAGCGUGGGCCUGCAGACGGAUGGCCCCGCCCCCCGGGGGGCGGGGCUCCACGCCAAGGCGUGGUCGCCACGGCCGGCGCCCUCGCUGGUGUCGGCGCGCUCACGCCAGAUCUCCUCGUCACUGGAGAAGGUGCCCGGGCGCAUCGACAGGCCCUGCUGCUCGCCCAAGUACGGCUCGCCCAAGCUGGUGCGCCGGGUCUCCGCAUCGUCCUCCAAGCUGGACGCGGCGAUGGCGGCGUCCUCCAGGGAGCGCGGCGUCUGGGGCCUGCCCAACCGCGCCGGCGCGCCGGGCGGCUCGGCGUGGGCACGCUCCACCACCACGCGCGACAGCCCCGUGCUCAGCGGACUUAACGACGGCCUGUCCAGCCUCUUCAGCGUGGUGGAGCACACAGGCGCCGCCGAGGCCCUGUGGAAGGGCGACUCCUGCCCGGGCCGCCAGCCGGCGGGAAAGCCCUCAUGCCCCAGCAGCGGCGUCGUCCUCGGCGACGUCGCCGUGCACAAGUAUGGCAUCGUCCACGAGUUCCUGCGCAACGUGUGCGGGCCUGCCGCGGCGGUGCAGGGAGAGAAGAACACGGCCGUGGACGAGCCCAAGCCCGAGUGCCUGUCUGGGGCGCUGAUUGGCACGGACAGCAUCACAAAGAUCGUCAACAAGAGGUUCAUGAGGCAGACGCAACGGGACGAAGGCGCCAAGGAGUCUAGCACCAUCAGUACCAGCGCCAGUAGCCUAGAGGACUCUUGUGACUGCAACUCACAAUCCAUCCCAUCAUGCUUCGCUCGCUCGUCCCGCACCCCCCUCCGACACACCCACAGCCAGUGCAGGCACCGCCUACAAGAGUCCGCAGCAGCAACCGAGGAGAGAUCGGAUGCCAGUAACGAGUGAUGGGUGUGGUUUUCCACCAGUGCUUUACGACACACACACACACACACACACACACACACACACUGACGCACUGUCUCACGCACACUGCCACACAAAUGCACUGC